CUCCCUGCCCCCUCCCCAGCCUGCUGCUAUCGGAUCUGUGAUGAUAUGUGAUCUCCUGGAUACAACCACACACACACACCAGUACCAGGCACUGCCGCUCAGCUGAGCAAAAUGUCUUUCUCUUAGAAGUGGUGCUCAUCACAGCUUUCAAAUCCUUGACGAUGUUGCCAUGCUUUCCUUUCUGCCUUCUGCCUUUUUCUGUCUUUGUCUGCCUGCUUUUCUUACCCGUGGGUCAUUUUUGCCCUGCUGUCUGUAGCUGUAUGGACUACCACACCAUAGACUGCCGGGAUCAAGGACUCCCAAGUGUUCCUAAUCCAUUUCCAUUGGAUGUACGGAAACUUCUAAUAGCUGAUAACAACAUUCAGGCGAUACCAGCCGAUUUCUUUAUAUUUUAUGGAGAUCUAGUCUAUUUGGACUUCAGGAAUAACUCCCUCACCUCUUUAGAAGAGGGCACUUUUAGCAGUUCUACCAAACUGGUGUAUUUAGACUUAAGCUACAAUAAUUUAACACAGCUUGAUGCUGGGAUAUUCAAAUCAGCAGAAAAACUGAUAAAAUUGAGCCUUGGAAACAAUAACCUGGUGGAUGUGGAUGAGGCUGCUUUUGAGAACCUGGAACAGCUCCAAGUGUUAGAACUGAAUGACAAUAACUUACAAAGCCUAAAUGUGGCAGCCCUAGAAGCGCUUCCCUCCCUGCGGACUAUACGCUUAGAGGGCAACCCUUGGGUCUGUGACUGUGACUUUGCCAAUCUUUUCAGCUGGAUACAGGACAAUGCAUCUAAGCUCCAGAAAGGUCUCCACGAAAUCCAGUGUUCUCUGCCUGUAGAAAACAGAAGAAUCUUUCUGAAUGAAUUAUCUGAGGUCAGCUUUAGUGAAUGCAAAUUUAGUUUGUCAUUGACGGACCUUUUUAUCAUCAUCUUCUCUGGAGUCGCAGUCUCCAUUGCUGCUAUUCUGUCAAGCUUCUUCUUAGCAACUCUAGUACACUGCUUCCAAAGAUGUGCUCCCAGUAAAGAUGACGAUGAUGAUGAAGACGACAGUGAGGACUGAACUUAGUCUUAUACUUAAGUUUCCUUGGUUUAUAAGUUACUAGAUCAUCAGCUAAAGUCUAGGAAGAAAACAAGUAGAUUAAAAGCUUUAAACAUGAAUUAAAUGAAAUCACAAUGUGUAAAGAUCCGUUCUAAUCUCAUGACGGUCACAGCUAGGAAUCGCAGUUUGCAUCUGAGACUGUUAGCUUUGCUUACAUAUGUAACCUGAUGUGAUGAGACCGGGUUAAUUUCUACGAUCCUUAUUCAAACACUGCAUUUAAAUUUGAAGAUUGGAGGAAAAAAGGGGAAAGGCAUAAAAAAAAAAGUUCCAGUGUUUUAAAAGACUAAGUCACAGCUUCCAGAUGUCCUUCUGAUGACAUGCAGAUUCUUGUAAGUGCUUAAUAGCGUGUUCUAAAUGCACUUCGAAAAGGACUGGCUGGAUGGAGGCAUUUCAGCUGGAAAAUGAGGAAUCAAUUUAAAAUAGUGUCCCCCUUAGAUCUAAGUAGUGGGAGAUUCUAUUAAGCUCAUACAACUUUCUAAGUAACAAAAUGCAAUUAAAAUGAUUCCUAGAAUUGUAGAAAGCCUUACAGGAAGGUUGGCAUUUUCUCUCUACAAAUGUUCUCUAUAAACAUUCAUCUUCCAUUUAGCGACAGCAGUUGCAGGCAUCAUUCAGCCAAAAGAAUAUUUUUUUUUCUGUAAGUGAAUACGAUUCUAGAUCUGAAUCAUCCACUGCAGCUGCCUGGCACCUCUCUGGUCAUGGCACAAAUACUAAAUAUAACAUUCUUUUGCAUUUUUAAACGCAAUGAAGUAAAGGAUUUCCCUUCCCUGUAAUGCUAGGCACAAGUAACUGUUGCAAUACGCAGUCCAUUUAGUUAUUUUAAAACACUAAGGGCUAUAUUCUGCUCCUGAUUAUACGAGAGUGACACAACUGAAGUGAACACCCUGAUCCAAAUUGGCAACUCUCUAAACAAGAGUGGAGUCUGGCCCAACAUGUUUCCAACUGUAUUAUAGAUUUAUCAAAACUUGAGCUCUUCUAUAUAACGGCAGAUAUUUUUGUUAAAAUUAAAAGAGACAUUUAUUACAAGAGACUUUUGGAAUAGUGCCGGACAGCUUUUUAGGAUAAGUAUAUUUUUUAAAUAUUUGUAAUGGAAAUAUUUUUUUAAAGCUCUGUGUAUUUAAAGUAUUAUCUAGAAUAGCUGUGAGGGCUUAAAGUAAUGAAUAACAUAGUAGUAAACAAUCUAAGGACUGUAUGCUAUUAUAAAAGAAUUAGACUGAUAAAAAGUAGCAUCUAUUUAACUCCUGUAAAUGCUAUUAUUUCUUUAAAAACACUCCUUGGUUAAAAUAUUGCCUUGCUCAGUUAAUACGAAUGGUCUUUUACGGACAGUUAGUUCCAAACCUCUUGUAUCUGUUGUGCUAAUUGUUCGGGCAGACAGGAGUGAGUUCCCCGGGGUGUGUUAGGGGGUAACACGGGGCAGUAGGUAGGGGACAGGGACAGGACUCGGGACUUCUGGGUGUUGUCCCCAUCUAACGGUGAUCAGCAAGACGACCUUCAGCAAAUCACUCCCUGUCUGUGCCUCAGUUUUACUGCCUAGAAAAUGAAGAUCAUAACAACUAUUUAUCCUUUUCAAGUGCUUUGAGAUAUGCAAUGGGGGGCACUAUAGUGGGGCUAUGUAUAAUGAUUAUAUUCGUUAGGCUGUAGCAGAUGCUCUGCAGUAGGUCUGAUCUGAUCUCGUAUCAGUGUGGCUUCACUGGUACCACUGGAGUUACUCCGUUGGCUCACAGUUUGCAAUGGAGUUUGCACCAUGCUGAGGUCAAAACUGGGACAAAAGUGUUUAUUUCUGUUAGCUCUACAGCUUAUUCAAUGCGACUUAAUGCUACCAUUGUUAAGAUUAUUAUUUCUGAAAACACACUGAAACGGAAUUAAGUAGGACAGUGAGAGGAUGUUUGUAUCAAUACUGUCUUAUUCUAUUCUGAUUCUUUCAAGAAAAACGAAAUGACAUGAUUUUCACUGUGUAGUGCCAUGAUUAU